AUAAAAACAAAGUUCUAAUCGCAAUUUACAAAAAGAUAACACAACUAAUAUAAACCAGGCUUCAUACCGAAGAAAAUCAGUCUUAAAUGAACCUGAUUUGCAAGAAGAUCAGUGCUUAGUUCGUGGUUUGUUUAUCGAGUGAUUUUUGACUGAAUAAUUUUUCGCAAUGAAAGAUCGGACAAUACAGUUUUUCUUUAAUUUCUUCGUUUUGAGGAAUAAACUUUUCUCACACCCUAGCGUAUAUUUAUAACGUUAAUAGAACUAUUUAUAGAGUGUAAAAAUCAAACUGAGGACUUUAAUUUUUGGUGGAAAAUGGAUGUCAGAAACUACGGAGCCAUCAUAACUUGCAGUCAGAUGGAAGAAAAGAUUCCAUUGAUGCCUGAAGUUGUCAAAAAGGAAUAUAAGGGCAUCAGGAUCUUGGGAAUGUGUAGAUCUUCGUAUUUGUUUGCUCUUUAUUUAUUUUGCUAUUUAAUAUUUUUAUUUGGAGGAGCGUCUUUUUUCACCUGGGUUGAAGAGCCGGAAGAAAGGGCCACUAGGGUUAGAGUUAGAACUGCUAUACAGAAAUUUUAUAUCGAUAAUCCAAAUGUUACAGAUAAUGAUUUGGAAGAAUUAAUUACCGAAAUUGUAAAGGCGAGCAACAGAGGAGUGUCUGCGAUUAAAAAUGCCACCGGAGAACUCAAUUGGAGUUUUGGACAGUCGCUAUUUUUUGCUAGCACCGUGGUAACAACUAUAGGAUAUGGACACGUAACGCCUCUAAGUAGAACCGGCAAAAUUUUCUGCAUGGUAUACGCGAUGGUAGGCAUCCCUUUGACGUUGGUACUGUUGUCUGCUUUAGUAGAAAGGCUCUUAGUACCAACGGUUGGAUUACUGCAAUGGCUGAAUUCAAGACUUGGACAUUUAUACCAACCCUUUAACAUACGUAUCAUGCAUCUUUUGAUUAUGGUUCUCUUCCUUCUUGUAUUCUUCCUGCUACUUCCUGCUGCUGCUUUUGCUGUAAUAGAACCGGAAUGGGAUUAUCUAGAUUCUAUUUAUUACUGUUUCAUUUCACUGACGACCAUAGGAUUAGGAGAUUAUAUACCUGGUGACUCUGCCGAUCAACCUUACCGUCCGCUGUACAAAAUUGCUACUACGUGUUACCUUUUCAUGGGCAUAACAAUAAUGAUGUUAACGCUGGCAGUAUUCUACGAUAUUCCACAACUGAACUUGGGCCUAUUAUUCGCUGUAAACGAAGACGUAAAUUCUGAAAAAGUGAGGUUAGCCUCGUCGGCGACAGAACUACAUUACGGCGCCAGUACACUGACUCCACAAAACGAAGAAAACACACAUAGGCAAGUUGUUCGCGUUCGUUCUAGACGAAACGACAGUCCUAGUCCUGAAGAGCCCGGCCCAAGAGGGAUUCCCUGAAUCUAACUUAGUGUUAUUAUUGUUAUUACUGACAAACGUUUCUAGACGAUAUAAAGAAUGAUAUCAGUAACUAGGUAAAUAGAAAAUGGUUGGAUUAAUACGUUGAAACAUUCUUAGCAUUUAGUAAAAUAAGUACAAAUUCCGAAAGUUUACUUGAAGCCAAAAAAAUACAACUGACAGAGCCAUUAAGUUGAUAUCAUGUUGAUGCAUCUAAUAACGUCAAAAUAUAAGUGACAUUUACCAUAUAAUAAUUUACUAAAAAUGUGUACUCUUGAAAUUGUCUUUUUAUCAUAAAUCUUAUAGUUAAGGCAAAACCUCGGGAAAAAACUAGUGUCAAUUUUAUUAAUAGCAAAUCCUUUACUUCAAAUGAAGUAAAACUAUUUGUUUGUAUGAUGCUUGCAACUUUCAGAUUACCUGAAUCUGUUAAUUUGUUUAACAGAUAUUGAAAUGUAUAAACAAAAAAUAUUGUAGUUUCAGUAUGACUGUGUUCAUAUCAUAUCAAAAUGUUAACAAAUAAAUAGUUUAUCCUAGAACUAGAUAAAUAUUGUUUAAUUUCGAUAUUUAGUCCAACCACAUAAUUUAGAUAAGUGUAUAUCAGAACACGAAAAGAACACCAAUGUUUUACUUAGUUAUAAUCCAUUUUUCACCGCUUAAUAUUAAGUAAUUUUCUAAUUUUGAAAAAAAUGUUAAAACAAAUAUUUUUUUAUCAUAAAAACGCACAGAGACCGUAAAUGCGAUAUUAUAUAUUUAUUUAUAUUUAGUAAAACUUAAAAUUAUUGUUAGAUUUAAAUGUUAGAAUAAUAAUUCAUUUUAAACUUUGUUUGAUCACUCUAUAGCACACAGUAUUUUAUAAAUACGAAGAUAUAUAUUUUUAUAUUUUUAUUUUUAACCUCUUGUAGCUAUUUAGUCCCUCAUCUAAUCGGUUUAAUCGAUAACUGACUAUAUAUCUUAUGAUAUUAAAUAGGUAGGUUCGUAACGAGUAUAUUAGAAUGUACAAUCAAGUGUUAGAAUGUAUUUAAAAAUUGAAUUUCAAUUAUUUGUGGACCAAUAAAAAUAUAUCAGCCAUUGAA